AUGCAGAGUUUUCUUAAGCCUUACCAAGGUGUGGGAUCUUUAGGCUCCUCCCACUGGGAGCUAAUGGGUGAUGCCAUGAUAACCACGGAUCAGGUGCGGCUCACACCUGACAAGCAGAGCCGGCAGGGGGCCGUGUGGAGCCGCCUUCCUUGCCAUCUGACGGACUGGGAGAUGCAGGUGCACUUUAAGAUUCACGGGAAAGGAAAGAAGAACCUGAAUGGCGAUGGGCUGGCCAUUUGGUACACUAAGGAACGUGUGCAGAAAGGUCCUGUAUUUGGAAAUAUGGACAACUUCACCGGCCUGGGCGUGUUUGUGGACACAUAUCCCAACGAGGAGAAACACCUCGAGGCGCAGAAGAAAAGAUACACUCCUCGCACACAGAGGAUCUUCCCCUUCGUACUGGCCAUGGUCGGCAACGGCAGCAUCAGCUACGACCACGAGCGGGACGGCCGGCCCACGGAGCUGGGCGGCUGCAACGCCAUGGUGCGCAACCUCAAACACGACAGCUUCCUCUUCAUCCGAUACGUCCGCCGCAGGCUCACGGUGAUGAUCGACAUCGACGGGCAACACGAGUGGAGGGACUGCCUCGACAUCCCCGGGGUGCGACUUCCCCUCGGCUAUUAUUUUGGAGCUACAGCCGUCACGGGAGACCUCUCGGAUAACCAUGAUAUCAUUUCCCUGAAACUCUACCAACUGACGGUACUGCGGAGUCCAAAGGAAGACGAGGAGGCGGAUGAUGAAGAGGAGAUAACUAUACCCAGCGUGGAUAACAUUGAGCUCCUCCGAUUGGGUCCGAGUGAAGAAGGGAUGAGUGGAAUCGCCAUUUUCUUCACCGUGCUCUUCUCCCUGCUGGGGUGCGUCUUCCUCAUCGUCAUCGGCCUGGUGGUGUACAGCCAAUGGAGCGAGAGCCGGCGCAAGCGCUUCUACUGAGCGAGGACGCCGACAACAAAAAGAUGGAGAAGGUGAUUUUGGUGUUUGCUGUGGGCCCAACCCAGUGAGACCAAAAGAGAGACACUGCAGUCGGUCAGUCGUUUUAUCCUGAGGACACUUUCUUGACGGGAGACGGAGUCGAUGUAUCGCCUGCCACAAAAAGCCAUCGUCCAACGCUGCCGCUGCCCCUCAUGAUGCAGAGGGAGGACUUUCUCUUCGUCCACAGCUCCUGCCCGACACACACCGACUCGGCCUUACCAUCUCCACCUCUGUACCCGUUACGCGGCAGACGUGCAGUAGGACCCCUUAAGAGCAGCUACUUCUCUUGGCACUGUUUCUGCAUCUGACAAAUGUAAAACAAAUAUCUAGACUAAUUCUAAGUUCACUGAUGUUGAUUUCAUGGCUUUGAGAAAUAUUAAUAUAUAAGUAUUCAGUGUUUUCCUAUUCUACAUUAUGACUUGAAGCGCUAACCAAAUAGCAGUAAAAAUUAAUGACAUCUUUACGGUUUGAUCCUUAAAGAUGCGUCUCUUCUCUUUUUUGCUUUAGAAAAAUCUGUGCUUUGUACCCGCUCAUCAUUUUGCCUCCAGAGUAUAUGCUAUAUAGUAGGCUGUAUAUUCUCACACUUUAGUUGUAGUAUGCAUGAUAUUUGUCGCGCUCAGUUUACAUGGAGCACUGACCAGUCCCGUUGAAGCAUGUGGCAAUGAUGUGUGUUUCGUGAAAUAUUUGUAUCUCUGUCACUGUUACCUUCCCCAGAUUGUAUGUGUAUUUUUUUAUUGUAGUUGAUCAGAUUCUUAGCAAACUCUUCAAAACAGAAACAUUUACAUGCCAGGAGUGAACUUUGCACUGAAGAGUUUUAUUGACGGCUCGUUUUAUUGGCACUAUUUUCCCUUUUUGCAGACGUUUUGUUUUACUUUGCACAUUGUACACUAAAAUAACUUUUUAUUUGUUUUCUUUUGUUUUUGUAAAAACACCGCCGCUCUGUUUCUGUCAUACGAAGUAUGCUUCUGCAGAACUGAACAAAUGUGCUGGCCCCGGCCCCCCGAGCUGCCUCUUUUGGACGGAGGUGUUGUGGACCCGGACCACUCCUCUUGUUUUAUGUUGUGGAAAUGGUAACCGGCCCAAGUCAACAACAAAUGUAUUUCUAGGUAAUGCUUUGUUUUCAACUGUGCAAUGACUGAGGACUUCCUUUUCCCCCUAAAGCCACUUUGACAACCGCCCGUCGUUAUUUAUUUUCAUAUUCUGUUUGUAUGAAAACCGUGUGCCUCAUCUGUCCAUCCAGCGUCUUUGUCCUGAAUGAUUUCAGUUAUCUCAUUAAAGACUGACAUGGAU